UCCGUCGCCGCGGCAACCGGCGUGCCCGCCAUGGCGGCGCCCAGCGUGUUCCUGCUGGCCGUGAGCGGCGAGAUCGAGAGCGGGGAGUUCCCGGGAUUUGAUGACCUCUACUGCAAGUUCUGUUUUGUCUACGGCCAGGACUGGGUCCCCACGGCGGGCCUGGAGGAAGGAAUCUCGCAGAUCACCUCCAAGAGCAGCGUCUCCCCCACCAUGCUGGUCUGGAACUUCCCCAUCGACAUCACCUUCAAGAGCACCAACCCUUUUGGCUGGCCACAGAUUGUGCUCAGUGUCUACGGGCCUGACUUCUUUGGCCAUGAUGUGGUCAGAGGCUAUGGAGCUGUCCACGUGCCCUUCGUGCCAGGCAGGCACAAAAGAACCAUUGCUAUGUUUGUCCCAGAGUCCAGCUCGAGGCUGCAGCAGCUCACAAGCUGGUUCACAGGGAGGCGCCCGGAAUUCACCGACCCCAAAGUGGUGGCGCAGGGAGAAGGACGGGAAGUGACCAGGGUGCGCUCCCAGGGCUUUGUGACCAUUUCCUUCAACGUGAUGACCAAAGAUCUGCACAAGCUGGGCUACGACGUGGGUGCUGCAGAGGGGCCAGGCCCACAGGGGCUCCACAGCUUCUGAGCUGCCAGGACCUCCUCAAAGCUCCUUUUAGGGAAAGGAGGAGCUGUUUCACCUCAAUCAUCCCAAAAAACACCAGCCCAGGAGGAUUUGGGAAAAUGACCAAGCCUGAUCCUCUCUGUAAGGUGGAAGUAUUGUGGGAAUUGAUGUUAUUGGUAACAUUCAGUGUUUUUAGGGGUCAGACUCUCAGAGUAAGGCCUGUAACAAAAUAUUUUUAUAGCAGCCUUUUGCACACUUUUUUAUAGAAUUAAUGACACUAAUUAAUGACAUUAAAGUUUCGAGCUAUAGCUGUUUCCCUGCAGUUAAAACUUUGUAAACGCAGUUUCUUUUUAGUAUUUUGGGGUUUUUUUUGUUCUUUUUUUUUUUUUUUUUUUGUAUGAGUGUUGCAAAUGAGGAAUUGUAAUUAUUGCACCUUCCACAAAUGGUCCUGUCAAAUGCAUCCCCCCUCUUUUAGGUUGAAUAAACUCUGUUUUAUCACAAGAUUCCUUUGUCUUUCUGCUGAUAAAUUUAGAUAUUUGUGCCAGGAUGUUUUGAAGCUCUAAAUCAUCCAAGCUCUGCUAGACUUAAAAGUAGAAGAGAAAAAGAA